GUACAUGCCUUACGAAAUUUAUAAAACUUUGGAUAAACGUGAAUAGAGCUGAAAAUAAACUGACUCGCCACCGUCGCUUAUCAGCGAUAGCCACCCACGACAAAGUCACGGUGACUGCGGACUCAAAAGUGCACUGUGCGAAACAGCGACCCUCGGCAACCCAGUCAGUUCUGCUCUUUUUUAGGCGGCCGCCGUCGCGUGAGGACUGAAGAGAAAAUCGAGAUUUUGUUUCGUUUCACUUGGAGUCACUUGGAGUCAAACAGGAUAAGAUGGCAGCGGAUCAGGCUCAGUUCCAACAGCUCCUGGUGUCCCUUUUGUCCACGGACAAUGAUGUACGCCAGCAGGCGGAGGAAGCGUAUAACAAUCUGGCAAGGGAAUUGAAGGUGACGCACCUCCUGGGCAAUAUCCAAAAUGGUCAGCAAUCUGAGGAGGCUCGCCAGAUGGCCGCUGUGUUGUUGCGCCGUCUGUUCACUACCGAGUUCUUGGAGUUCUACAAAGAGAUUCCCGCUGAGUCACAGACCCAGCUGCUCCAACAAAUCCUUCUGGCCGUGCAGCAGGAGGUAACUCCGCAGCUGAGGCGAAAGAUCUGCGAGGUGGUGGCCGAGGUGGCCAGAAACAUGAUCGACGAGGACUGCAACAACCAGUGGCCGGACGUUCUGCAGUUUCUCUUCCAGUGCGCGAACUCGCCCACGCCCCAGCUGCAGGAAUCAGCGCUACGGGUCUUCUCCAGUGUGCCCUCGAUAUUUGGAAACCAAGAGGCUCAGUACAUUGACCUAAUCAAGCAGAUGCUGGCCAAGAGUAUGGACGCCAGUUCCGACCCGGAGGUCCGAGUCCAGGCUGUGCGAGCCGUCGGUGCCUUUAUUCUCUAUCACGACAAGGAGAAGGAGACGGCCAUCUACAAGCAUUUUGCGGAUAUGCUGCCCCGGAUGAUCCACAUCACUGGAGAGACAAUCGAGGGCCAGGACGACCAGAGCCUGCUAAAGCUCCUCAUCGAGAUGACCGAGAACUGCCCAAAGUUCCUGCGCCCCCAACUGGAGUUCAUUUUCGAGGUCUGCAUGAAGGUUUUCAGCUCGCAGGACUUUGAGGAUAGCUGGCGGCACCUUGUCCUCGAGGUUAUGGUCUCGCUGGCCGAAAACGCCCCUGCAAUGGUACGCAAGCGGGCCGAUAAGUACAUCGUGGCUCUGAUCCCGCUAAUUCUGCACAUGAUGACCGAUUUGGAUGAGGACGAGAACUGGUCCACCGCCGAUGUGGUCGAUGAUGACGAUCACAGCGACAACAACGUGAUCGCCGAAUCCUCACUGGAUCGCCUCGCCUGCGGCUUGGGAGGAAAGGUUGUUCUUCCGCACGUUAUGAGUGCCCUGCCUGCUAUGUUGGGUCAUGCUGAUUGGAAGCAUCGCUUCGCCGCCCUCAUGGCCAUCUCGGCCAUCGGUGAGGGCUGCCUCAAGCAGAUGGAGGCCAUUUUGGACGAGGUUAUGACUGGAGUCCUGAACUUCCUAAGGGAUCCCCAUCCUCGCGUUCGUUACGCCGCCUGCAACGCCAUUGGCCAAAUGUCUACCGACUUUGCACCGACCUUUGAAAAGAAGUUCCACAGCCAGGUCAUUCCCGGUCUAUUGGCCCUCUUGGACGACGUGGAGAAUCCCCGCGUGCAAGCGCACGCCGGUGCUGCUCUGGUGAACUUUAGCGAGGACUGCCCGAAGAACAUAUUGACACGCUACUUGGACGGGAUCAUGGCCAAGCUGGAGACCAUACUGAACUCGAAGUUCAAGGAGCUCGUAGAGAAGGGUAACAAGUUGGUCUUGGAGCAGGUGGUGACCACCAUAGCUUCUGUAGCGGAUACCUGCGAAGCGGAGUUUGUUGCCUACUACGACCGCCUUAUGCCAUGCCUUAAGUUCAUCAUCCAGAAUGCCAACUCGGAUGAUCUGCGUAUGCUUCGUGGAAAGACCAUUGAGUGCGUGAGCCUGAUUGGAUUGGCGGUCGGCCGUGAGAAGUUCAUCGGCGAUGCCGGAGAGAUCAUGGACAUGCUCUUGGUCAAUCACACCGAGGGAGGAGAGCUGGCUGAUGAUGAUCCGCAGACCUCCUAUCUGAUCACGGCCUGGGCUCGCAUGUGCAAAAUCCUUGGCAAACAGUUCGAGCAGUACCUGCCCGUCGUUAUGGGUCCCGUAAUGCGGACCGCCACCAUGAAGCCCGAGGUGGCGAUGCUGGACAACGACGAGGUGGAGGAUAUCGAGGGGGAUGUCGACUGGUCUUUCAUCAAUCUUGGAGAGCAGCAGAACUUCGCCAUUCGUACGGCUGGCAUGGAUGACAAGGCCUCAGCGUGUGAGAUGCUGGUCUGUUAUGCCAGGGAACUGAAGGAAGGUUUUGCCGAGUAUGCCGAAGAGGUGGUGCGUCAAAUGCUUCCCAUGCUUAAGUUCUACUUCCACGAUGGUGUCCGCACAGCGGCUGCCGAGUCGUUGCCUUAUCUUCUCGACUGCGCGAAGAUCAAGGGUCCGCAGUAUCUUGAGGGCAUGUGGUUGUUCAUCUGCCCCGAGCUGCUCAAGGUGAUUACUACGGAACCGGAGCCGGAAGUGCAGUCUGAGCUGCUCAACUCGCUGGCCAAAUGCAUUGAGACCCUGGGACCCAAUUGCCUUAACGAGGAUGCCAUGAAGCAGGUUCUCGAGAUCAUCAACAAGUAUGUGACUGAGCAUUUCGAGCGGGCUGACAAGCGCUUGGCUGCCCGGAACGAGGAGGACUAUGACGACGGGGUCGAGGAGGAGCUGGCCGAGCAGGACGACACUGACGUCUACAUCCUUUCCAAAAUAGUGGACAUCACACAUGCCCUCUUCCAGACGAACAAGGCCCAGUUUUUGCCUGCCUUUGAGCAGGUGGCUCCGCACUUUGUUAAGUUGCUGGAACCCAGUCGAUCUGUCGCUGAUCGCCAGUGGGGCGUGUGCGUAUUCGAUGAUCUGAUCGAAUUUUGUGGCCCUGCAUGUGCACCCUAUCAGCAGAUCUUUACGCCAGCCCUACUGCAAUACGUGGGGGAUAAAUCGCCGGAGGUGCGCCAGGCGGCUGCCUAUGGAUGCGGAGUGCUUGGCCAGUUCGCCGGCGAACAGUUCGCGCUCACUUGCGCCCAGAUCAUUCCACUGCUGGUGCAGGUCAUCAACGAUCCCAAGUCCCGCGAAAUUGAGAACAUCAACGCGACAGAGAAUGCAAUUUCGGCGUUUGCCAAGAUCCUCAAAUACAACAAGUCGGCGCUGACCAACGUGGAUGAGCUGAUCGCAGCAUGGUUCUCUUGGCUGCCAGUGUCCGAGGACCCGGAGGAGGCCGCCCACAUCUAUGGCUACCUUUGCGACCUUAUUGAGGGCAACCACCCGGUUAUCCUUGGCGCCAACAACUGCAAUCUGCCACGCAUCGUCUCCAUCAUCGCUGAAGCAUUCUGCACCAAGGUGCUGGAGGCGCAAAGUGCCACCGGCACACGCAUGCUCACCAUUGUCAAGCAGGUCGAGUCCAACCCGGACGUCAUGGCGGCAUGUGCUAGCACCCUUAGCCCAGAGCAGCAGCAGGCGUUGCAAGACGCCUACCGGGAGUUGGCGAACGUGGCAACCGCCUAAGGGGGACCGUAGUCCCAAGCUUCUUUUGGCCCAACCCCCCAGUCCUGGGGACCUCGGCAAGGAAGGAAGGAUGGAAGCUUCAGCUACUCGUUAUCAUUAUUUUUCAUCUGACCGAAAAUGUCGUCCCAAAUGCAUUACAAACUAUACGUUAAAAACAUACAUACACGCAUACUUAUAUUUAUGUGUACGAUAGAGUAAUCGGGGUAUAAACUCUAUAUAUAUUGUGAUUUCAAUCAAAAAAUCUUCUCCCGAAGACAAAAGUCUGCGCCUCCUUAGAAUUUGACAUGUUGUAUGGAUUGGAUCCAAUUGCCAUCGCAAUCACACACAAAUUCCAAUAGAUUAUUUUCGUUAUUCAAUUUUGCAUAUGUUUCAUACAUAUGCGUGUAUAUUCGGCCCACACGGCCGCCAGCCCCCUGCAAAAAACAGGAUGUGAACGUUGUCCGAAUCGACCGAAAUGUAAUUUUGUGCAUUCAAACUAGGAUCCACAAAAAAAUAUUUAAAGGAUUUAUUGUAUUUUAAAAAUGAUAAAAAGAACGAAAUAAAUAACACAAAACGAAAUUUUA